AUGUGUGUUGCCCUUCGGUCUUGGAGCAUGAGCCCGGUCUUGCUGCUCGCCGUGGUCGCGGCUGUCCGCGCGCACGCGCAGCAAUCGGAAUGCGACGGCAGUGAUGUGAGUGAUUUGAUGCAGCAUUCGGCGUUGGCCAAGGAGAAGGAGGUCUCGUGGAGCGAAUUCAUGCACUCUGCGAAGCAUAGCGACCGUGAAGGUUCCAUGCCAAUAUUCAUGGCCAAAAUGGGCUUGGAUGCAGCGUUGACAAUGCUGAUGCGCCAGGUGCAUACGGUAGACAAAGCAGCCGUCAUGACGCAUGGCCGGCUAAAUGGCUUGGUGGCGCAUUCCUCGCACACAGGGGCAGAUGCCGUGUUGCACCAGGCAGUGACUCCCCUGAAUAACCUGUUUCGUGAGAUUUCGAAACAGUUGGAGGAGGGAGGUGUGCAGACCAAGAUGGCGCUGGGAAUGGUAGGCCUCCGGGAUGCUAGCAAGGCCUACGACACGGCCGUGGCUAAAGCGAAGGAUGUCCUGGGGUCCUUGAGCCACUCUUGCACGGCAUUGUCGUCGCAGCCAAGCUUGGCCCGCUGCUCCAAGGAAAGUGUCGCAUUCCAGCAUGCGUACCCAAAGAUCAUGCAGACUUUCUUGAAUUCUCUUGGUGACAACCUUCUACAGAGCGUUGAAGACAAGCACGAGUUGGAGGGAUACAUUCACGUAAAAGUACCUCGUGUGAUGAAGAUCGUCGAGGCCAUGUGCACCAAGGUCCAGACAGUGCUGGCUGGAUCGAUGAAGGAUCUGUCCAAGUUAAAGCAGAGCUGA